AUGGAAUCCCAGCUGUCACAGGCCAACGAAGAGGGCAUCAGACGAGACCCUACGAAGAGCGAGCACUGGCAUCGUGAAGAGGACAAGCCGGCGGGGAAGGAGGCCGGCCCCGAGCGCAAGGGCGACGAACUCUCCCCCGUGGAGAAGGAGCAACUGAAUGCGGGCUUGGGGACCGAAGGCAUUGCGCAGGAGACCCGAACCAUCGCAGAGAAGACCGACCUCCUGCAGCGAGGCGAGACCGUCCCAAAAAGCCGACCGUAG